AUGGAGAAAAAUAAUAAGCAUGUUAGUAAUACUGAAAAUACAUCAAAACGACAAAAAACAAUCAAAAAGGGUGGUCCUAAAAGAGAUGAAGUAUGGAAAUAUUUUAUCGUAGACGAUGAAAAAAAUGACAGAUACUAUCCUGCUACUUGUUAUCAUUAUGAAAAGAAAUGGCAAAGGGGUAAACCGGGAAUUUUAAAAGCUCACCUUUCUAAUGAAUGCUUGCAAUGUCCUGAAGACAUUAGCAAAUUUUGGCGAGAUAAACUUUCUACUAAAUUAACAAAUUAUACUC